AUGGUACAUCACGCUGAGGACAGGCUUCCUCACCCUGAGGACAAGGUACCUCACACUGAGGACAAGGUACGUCACACUGUGGACAAUUUUCCUCACGCUGAGGACAAGGUUCCUCACGCUGAUCACAAGGUACCUCACAUUGACGAAAAGGUACCUCACACUGAGGACAAAGUUUCUCACGCUGAGGACAAGGUUCCCCAAGCUGAGGACAAGGUACCUUACACUGAGGACAAGGCACCUCACAUUGAGUGCAAGGUACCUCCCACUGAGGACAAGGUUCCUCUCAAUGAGGACAAGGUACCCCGCGGUGAGGACAAGGUACCUCACAAUGAGUACAACGUACCUCAUACUGAGGACAAGUUUCCUCAUGCUUAGGACAAGGUUCCUCAAGCUUAAGACAAGGUACUUCACACUGAGGACAAGGUAGCUCACACUGAGGACAAGGUUCCUGACGCUGAGGACAAGGUUCCCCAAGCUGAGGACAGGGCCUCACGCUGAGGACAAGGUUCCUCAAGCUGAGGACAACGUUCUUCACGAUGAAAACAAGGCAUCUCACACUCAGGGCAAGGUAGCUCAAACUGAGGACAAGGUUCCUAACGCUGAGGACAAGGUUCCUCAAGCUGAGGACAAGGUACCUCACACUGAGGACAAGGUUCCUCACGCUGAGGACAAGGUUCUUCACGCUGAGGACAAGGUUCCUCACGCUAAAGACAAGGUACCUCACACUGAGGACAAGGUUCCUCACGCUGAGGAGAAGUUUCCUCAAUCUGAGGACAAGGUACCUCACAUUGAGGACAAGGUACCUCACACCGAAAACAAGGCUCCUCACGCUGAAGACAGGAUUGCUCAGGUUGAGGACAAGGUUGCUCACGUUCAGGACAAGCUUCCUCGCGCUGAGGACAAGGUCCUCACGCAGAGGACCAUGUUCCUCAAGCUGAACACAAGCUUCCUCACGCUGAGGACAAGAUUCCUGACGCUGAGGACAAGGUACACAAACUGAGGACAAGGUUCCUCAGGCUGAGGACCAGGUACCACGCCCUGAGAAAAAGGUUCCUCAAGUUGGGGACAAGGUACCUCACAUUGAGGACAAGGUACCUCCCACUGAGUAGAAGGUUCCUCACGCCCAGGACAAGGCUCCUCAAGCUGAGGACAAGGUCCCUCACGCUGAGGACAAGGUUCCUCACAGUGAGGAUUAGGUUCCUCACGCUGAAGAAAAGGUUCCUCACACUGAGCAGAAGAUACCUCACACUGAGUACAAGGUAUCUCUCACUGAGGACAAGGUUCCUCACGCUGAGGACAAGGUUCUUCACGCUGAGGACAAUGUUCCUCAGGCAGAAGCCAAGGUUCCUCUCGCUGAGAACAAGCUACAUCACGCUGAGGACAAGGUUCUUCACUUUGAGGACAAGGUCUCUCACGCUGAGGACAACGUUCCUCACGGUGAGGACAAAGGACCUCACACUGAGGACAAGGUUCCUCAAGCUGAGGACAAGGUUCCUCAAGCUGAGGACAAUGUACCUCACACUGAAGACAAGGUAACUCACACUGAGAACAAUGUUCCUCACGCUGAGACAAGGUUCCCCAAGUUGAGGACAAAGUACCUCACACUGAGGACAAGGUUCCUCAAGCUGAGGACAAGGUAAGUCACACUGAGGACAAGGUACCUCACACUUAGGACAAGGUACCUCACACUGAAGACAAGGUGCCUCACGCUGAGGACAAGGUUCCUCAAGUUGAGGACAAAGUACCUAACACUGAGGACAAGGUACCUCACGAUGAGGACAAGGUACCUCACAAUGAGUACAACGUACCUCACACUGAGGACAAGGUCCUUUAUGCUUAGGACAAUGUUCCUCAAGUUGAAGACAAGGUACCUCACACUGAAGACAAAGUUCUCCACACUGAGAACAAAAUACCUCACACUGAGGACAAGGAACCUCACAGUGAGGAUAAGGCCCCUCACGCUGAGGACAAGGUUCCUCACAGUGAGGAUUAGGUUCCUCACGCUGAGGAGAAGGUUCCUCACGCAGAGGACAAGCUUCCUUUCGCUGCGGAGAAGGUACUUCACACUGAGGACAAGGUUCCUCACGCUGAGGACAGCGUUCCUCACGCAGAUAACAAGGUUCCUCACGCCGAAGACAAGGUACCUCACACUGAGGACAGGGUUCAUCACUCUGAGGACAAGGUUCCUCACGCUGAGGACAAGGUUCCUCACGCUGAGGACAAGUUACCUCUCACUGAGGACAAGGUUUCUCACGCUGAGGACAAGGUUCCUCACGCUGAGGACAAGGUUCCUCACGCUGAGGACAAGGUACCUCUCACUGAGGACAAGGUUUCUCACGCUGACGACAAGGUUACUCACGCUGAGGACAGGGUUCCUCACGCUGAGGACAAUGUUCCUCACGCUAAGGACAAGGUACCUCACACUGAGAACAAGGUACGUCACACUGUGGACAUGGUUCCUCAUGCUGAGGCAAGGUUCCUCACGCUGAGCGCAAGGUACCUCACGCUGAGGACAAGGUACCUCACACUGAAGACAAAAUUUCUCAGGCUUAGGACAAGGUUCCCCAAGCUGGGGACAAGGUACCUCACACUGAGGACAAGGUGCCUCACAAUGAGUACAAGGUUCCUCACGCUGAGGACAAUGUACCUCCCACUGAGGACAAGGUUCGCCACGCCCAGGACAAGGUUCCUCGCGCAGAGGACAAGCUUCGUCGGGUUGACGAGAAGGUCCUCACGCUGAUGAAAAGGUUCCUCAAGCUUAGGACAAGGUUCCUCACGAUGAGAGCGAAUUAUAUGACACUGAGGACAAUGUUCCUGACGCUGAGGACAAGGUUCCUCAAGCUGAGGACAAGGUACCUGACACUGAGGACAAGGUACCUCACACUGAGGAGAAGGAUCCUCACGCUGAGGACAAGGUUCUUCAAGCAGAGGACCAGGUUCCUGAAGCUGAGGACAAGGUUUGUCACGCUGAGGACAAGGUACCUCACACUGAGGACAAGGUACCUCACACUGAGGACAAAGUACCUCACACUGAGGACAAGGUUCCUCAAGCUGAGGAUAAGGUACCUCACACUGAGGACAAGGUUCUUCACGCAGAGGACGAGUUUGCUAACGCUGAGGACAAGGUACCUCACACUGAAGACAAGGUUUCUCACGCUGAGGACAAGGUUCCUCACGCUGAGGACAAGGUUCCUCACGCUGAGGACAAGGUACCUUACACUGAGGACAAGGUUCCUCAAGCUGACGACAAGGUUCCUCACGCUGAGGACAAAGUUCCUCACGCUGAGCACAGGGCUCCUACACACCGAGGACAAGGUUGCUCACGCUGAGGAGAAGGUACCUCACACUGAGGACAAGUUACCUCACAGUGAGGACAAUGUUCCUCACGCUGAGGUCAAAGUACCUCACACUGAGGACAAACUACCUCACACUGCGGAUAAGGCUCCUCACGCUGAGGACAAGGUUCCUCACAGUGAAGACAAGGUUCCUCACACAGAGGACAAGGUUCCUCACGCUGAGGACAAGGUACCUCACACUGAGGACAGCGUUCCUCACUCUGAGGACAGCGUUCCUCACUCUGAUGACAGCGUUCCUCAUUCUGAGAACAGCGUUCCUCACUCUGAGUAAAGCGUUCCUCCCUCUGAGUAAAGCGUUCCUCGCUCUGAGUAAAGCGUUCCUCACUCUGAGUAAAGCGUUCCUCACUCUGAGGACAGCGUUCCUCACUCCGAGGACAGCGUUCCUCACUCUGGGGACAGCGUUCCUCACAUUGAGGACAACGUUCCUCACUCUGAGGACAGCGUUCCUCACUCUAAGGACAGCGUUCCUCAAUCUGAGGACAGCGUUCCUCACUCUGAGGACAGCGUUCCUCACUCUGAGGACAGCGUUCCUCACUCUGAGGACAGCGUUCCCCACUCUGAGGACAGCGUUCCUCACUCUGAGGACAGCGUUCCUCACUCUGAGGACAGCGUUCCUCACUCUGAGGACAGCGUUCCUCACUCUGAGGACAGCGUUCCUCACUCUGAGGACAGCGUUCUUCACUCUGAGGACAGCGUUCCUCACUCUGAGGACAGCGUUCCUCACUCUGAGGGCAGCGUUCCUCACUCUGAGGACAGCGUUCUUCACUCUGAGGACAGCGUUCCUCACUCUGAGGACAGCGUUCCUCACUCUGAGGACAGCGUUCCUCACUCUGAGUACAGCGUUCCUCACACUGAGCACAGCGUUCCUCACUUUGAGUAA